CAGGAGCGUAGCCAUCCCCGUCCCUCCCGCCUGUGCCCGGGACAGGGCCCCGGCUCCUCGCUGAGCGGCUCUUCUGUUAUCUCUUUCAAUUCCAGUGUUCCCUCCAUCAACCUGACCAGCUGCAAGUAUGAGAGCGGUAAGUCCCAGACGCUGCAGGGUGUCCCCUCGGGUCAGCCCAGGACGGCGUGCGAGUGUCCGCUCGGCCAGGGAGGAGCGCUGGUACCGGAUUUCCAAUGUAUGGUCACUUUCGGUUUCUGUAUUUACUGGUUGCAAGCAACUUGGGCCCCUGUGAAAAGUGUGGAGUUUUUCACACUUUGGACUGAGGUGCUCUCUGGUUUGAAGAAACAAUAUGUGCAACAGCAGUGCAAGCCCUCACAUGCAUUCCCCCCAUGUCUGCAUUCACCAUACAUCUGCUAAAAUCGUGAGAAGGGGCUGGUUAGGGGCAGUUACAAUGCAAAACCGGUACCUGUGCUUGGGGAAAUGAUGUGACAGCUCUCAACUGUUUAGCAUAAAGCCGGUGAUAGAAGGGGCAGUUACAAUGCAAAACCGGUACCUGUGCUUGGGGAAAUGAUGUGACAGCUCUCAACUGUUUAGCAUAAAGCCGGUGAUAGAAGGGGCAGGAUUGGUACCUGGAACCUCUCCCUUUGCCAUCCAUCCCCAGUGACGUGCUCCAGGGAGCUGGUCCCUCUCCUGUGCUGCCACAAGUUGUAUCUUAAAAUAAUAGACUCCUAGGUUUUGAUGGCUAUUAGCCAAUUUGCUAAUGACUAUUCUAGCAGUGCAACCACACAUGUGCUGUUGAAGGUCACAGCCUGGUCGGCUGUGCAAGGAAUGCGGUUUUUAUCCAGAGGGCCGGGCGCUGUGUGUUUGGCCUGGGGCAGUUUGGUGACGAGGUGGAUGGGGACCCGCAGCAGGAGGUGGUGUGGCAGCACGGGCGCCACAGGAACCAGACCUAUUUCACAAUGAUUCCUAGCGUGCAUUGACCUUCAUUGCCUCCCCAGCCCCGUGAGAGGCCAAAUUCAGAACUGGCACGAACACAAACCAUCCCAGCAGCGACCUUCUGCUCCAGAGCUUGUGUGUUCUGCUGCCAAAUAGCUUUUGAUUUGGAAGAUGAAACUAAUACCUUCAGAAGACUUGUAUCUGCCCAUGUGGUGUCAGACCCACAGCAGAUUCAAGCCUGCUGUAGUUCAGGAUAUGUUCUGGGACCCCAAGGCAUGCGGACUUAGGGGGCUGGUAGCUCCCAAUAUACCUGCAGCCAGAGACUGGGUGCGGCGGGCGGCACGGUACUGCGGGCUGAAAGAAGCGGGAGAAGACGAGGAGUGGACAGUGUAUUGGACAGACUGCUCGGUCUCUCUGGAGCGCGUCAUGAAAAUGAAGCGGUUUCAGAAAAUCAACCAUUUUCCAGGCAUGAUAGAGAUCUGCCGUAAGGACUUACUGGCUCGCAACCUUAACCGCAUGCUCAGGCUCUUUCCUAAGGAGUACAAUAUAUUUCCCCGCACUUGGUGCCUGCCAGCUGACUAUGGAGAUUUCCAGGCCUACAGGCGUGCGAGGAAACGCAGAACAUUUAUCUGCAAACCAGACAGCGGCUGCCAAGGGAGAGGUAUCUUCAUAACACGCAAUCCAGAGGAGAUCAAACAUGGAGAGCAUAUGAUCUGUCAGCAGUAUAUUGCUAAGCCUUUCCUGAUCGAUGGCUUCAAGUUUGACAUGCGUAUAUAUGUGCUGGUCACAUCUUGUGACCCGCUGAGGAUUUUUGUCUACAAGGAGGGUCUGGCCCGUUUUGCCACCAUGAGGUACAUCGACCCCAGCAGCAGAAACCUGGGUGAUAUCUGCAUGCAUUUGACCAAUUAUGCUAUCAACAAACGUAAUGAAAACUUCAUCCAGGAUGACACGGUGGGCAGUAAGAGGAAACUGUCCACCCUGAAUGCCUGGAUGAUGGAUAACAGCUACAACACCACAAAACUCUGGGAAGAUAUUGAAGAUAUUAUUAUAAAGACUCUUAUUUCAGCUCACCCUGUUGUGAAGCACAAUUACCAAAGCUGCUUCCCAAACCACACCACUGGCUGUGCCUGCUUUGAGAUACUGGGGUUUGAUAUUUUGCUAGACAGAAAGUUGAAGCCGUGGCUGCUAGAGGUGAACCACUCUCCCAGCUUCACCACGGACUCUCGCCUGGACUGUGAGGUGAAGGAUGCUCUUCUCUGUGAUACCAUCAAGCUGAUAAAUGUGGAUGCCUGUAACAAAAGGAAGGUGCUGGAGGAGGACAAACAGUGGGCAAAGGAACGGCUCCUCCAGGGCCAUCAGGCUUUCCGUGCAUCCAGACGCGAGGAGUUAGAGAGCAACCAGGCUGCCUGGCUCUCUCAGGCGGAGCAGUAUGAGGACUCGCACCUGGGCGGUUACCGGCGCAUUUAUCCGGCAUGUGGAACAGAGAAGUAUGAGCCGUUUUUCAAGCAGAGCAGCUCCCUCUUCCAGGAAACGGUGUCAUCCAAGGCACGAGAGGAGUGUGCCAGGCAUCAACUGGAGGAAAUUCGCCUGAAAAAAGAAAAGUUGGAAGCUGUUACCAGGAAGAAGAAAAUGGAGAGGAAAGAAGACCUGCAUGGAGAGUCAGCUGGGGACAAAUCCCAGAUCCAUAACAAAGCCACAGCUCCUACAACCCGCCUCACCUGUAGAAGCACCAGGAUGCGGGAUAGAAAGAUACAGCGCAUGCAGUACGACUCUAUGCAACCCCAGGAUAUUGUGGAAAAUGAGGAGAAGAAAAGAGUAAAUGCUCUGCUGCAGCGUGAGAAGCUUAUCCGAGGCCUGGGCAUCAUAGAUCAGCUCUGCCAGCUGCUCCCCACAACCGACAGACCAGCCGACACCUGGGGAUCCGACACCAUUCUCUCCAAGAGCCAGCCGCAGUUUCUCUGGGAUGUGCUCAGGGGCCAGGACACCCACCGCUUAAUGACGCUCAUCCCCCUCUCUCUCCUGAGAGGUCCAGCCCAGCCUUCGGGACAGCCGUUCGUUUACAAGUCCAGAGCCAGUGCUGAGUUGCCAGCCAGCCCGGGCUUGGACCCUGCCGCCGUGGGCACCCUCUUGGUUCGAGGCCAGAGAAUCCCUUACCGUAAGCAGCACAAGGUGCAGCAGGGCCUCUGGGCGCAGGACAUGGGCUGGCUGCGUGGCCAGGCAGCGGGGACGGCAGCGGUUCCCCAGCCCUUCACCGAACCCAAGGGGCUGGAGGUGAGAGGCCAGCGGCUCCCCGGCGCUGGGAACAUGGCUGAAGGCUGUGAAGCUGGCAGGCUGUCCUUCUGCACGGGCAGUGGUCACCCGGCGUCCCCAGCCAGCGUGGGGAAGGGCACAGGCGAUGGCACCUUCAGCCCUGCCGCCAUCCAGGCGCUCCCCAUCGCCUCCGUUGCCCUCGUGCAGCACACGCGUGUCCCGCACCGCGCCAGUGCCCCGCACCGCAGCCUGAAGAGCACAGGGCCCGGCGGCGGCGGGCGGCGGUGCGGCUGCAGCGGCUGCGGCGGGAGCUGGGCGGGGGCCGCGGCGCUCCCGAGCGCGCCCUGACCUGGGAGGCGAUGGAGCAGAUGCGGU